AUGGCAACUGUAGCAGCUGAAGCUCCCUCCAAAAAGCCCGAAGACGUUCGUGCUGCCGCCAUGGCAGUUCUGAAGUUAGCAGACGAACGCACUGAAAAAGGAGACACUGUUGCCAAACACCGAAGUCCUUUGCCUGCUAAUUCGCCAGGAGCCAAACGAAACUCUUUGUCUCAACGACGAGGAUCGCAAACUGAUAAGCGUGGCUCGUUUAACUUUCUUUCCUGGGGGAAAAAGCAAAUGGACGACAUGAAAGAACAAAUGAACAAAUUAGAUGAAAAAUUCUUGGCCAUGCAAUUUGAGCAAGAAGAAAAGAUUAAGAAGGUUUACGAUAAAAAGACUGCGGAAUGGUCCGAAGUCUUGACCCCUCAAAAGAAAAACAAUCCCAGAGGUACUCCCGACACUCCGACUUCUCCUGCGGAAACACCACCAAUUGUUUCUUCUAUUAAGGAAACUCUUCAGAAAGACAUGGACAAGGCCAAGGAAGACGUCCAAACAACAAUGUCUCGAUUUCGAACGAGCUUUGCUGGAUUCACUCAAAAGCUAGUUGCCCCACAGCCGCAAGUACCACUAAAACCACCCAGUGUGGACGAGCAAAUUGUGGCCGAAUUGGAACAAUUGCACGAAUUGAUGACUCUCUGUCAUACCCUACUAGCUGAAAAGGACGACCUCAUUAAUCAAAUUGAUUAUGAUCCUGAUCCUCGAUUGCCCUACACCAUCAAGAAACUCGAAGCCAGCCUAGGAAGAAUGGAUCAGUUGAUGGAAGCGGGGAUUGAUGGACAAUUUCAGGACGAUACCACCCAAAUUUGUGUGUCCACCUAUGAACGUUUGAUCUUGACGUUGGAAAAAUGCAAUUCGCCAUUGGUCAAGUCCAAUGCCUUUGCCUUUGCCAAGGAUCUGGAAGGAGAUUCGGAAUUCGAUGAAACUUCAGCAGCGGCAACACCAGCUCCAGCGCUUGACACCUCCACGGACACUGCAGCUUCCAAGACAACCACGGAAGAAGCUGCAGCUAGUACUACCGAAGACAAACCAACCGAGACUACAACUACUACUGCUGUCACUACCCCGGAUCUUGAACUAGAUGGUUUAGAUGCUGACAUGGACAUUGAUUUGGUAGCGUUUGAAAUUGGUUCCGAUGAUGAGGAUGAUAUUCUUAAAAAUUUGGACGCUGACGAAAAAAAGACUGACGACGUUGCCAAUCAGGCGAAUGAUUCGGCAGAUGAUGAUUUCAUCAAGGAUAUGUUCGAGUAA